UAAGGUAUAGGUAAAGGUUUAUACACAACAGCAAAUAUGGGGAAAAAGCGCCGAAGUUCGGGAGCAGAGGAGGAAGGCGAGUUGGAACCUAAGAAGCUCAAAGCCACGGAGGUAGAAUUCACAGGAACUCACUUUAAGUCCUUGUUAAAGGAUCCGAGCUCUGCACUAAAUGGAUUGGCAAAAUUUGUAACACUUUCUAAAAAACUGCCCAGUCCUAAUCUAUAUGACGUGGUAGAGGGUUACAUCAAGAUUUCUGUAGAAUGCAUCGAAAUUCUCAAGUUGUUAGAUGGAGAGAGACGCCCUGAAAGUGAGAACAUGAUAAUCUUUCAAGCUCUGGAAGCCAUUUUACUGAGGACAGCAAGUGAUCUUUCACAUUUAAAUAUUGCUGGAGUUAACAUAGUGAAGAAUAUGCUGAACACGCACAUGAAAAUUAUAUAUACCUGUUUAUACUCCGAAACUCACAGGAUGUCUAGAAUAUGUCUUAACCUAUUGUCUGCAAUGGUGACACAAGGGCCAGAGUGUGCCAGGGAUGUUUUCAGUCAUUUUGAUUUCAACAACAAAUUUCUGCCGGGUUUAUUGAAGAAGAGAGAUAAACAGGGAAGGCCUGAUGUCCGGAUGGCUUACAUUCAGUUUGCAUUAUCGUUUUUGAUUUCUGGUGAUAAUACGCUUAUUGUACAACUGCUUGAACUUAAAGAUUUCUUUGGGGAGAUUUUCAGUACUGGGAUAAAGGAAGAUAGAAUUUCUACUCUCAAUCUCCUACUGUCAUUGCUUGAAACUAAGGUUGUUCACAAUAAAGCGAUCACAAAGACUCAGAAAGUUCGCUUGUUUACCCCCGUCAUUUUAAAUCACAUUGCUUCUCUUUAUCGCUGGAGUGGUAUUGUAGAUGUGAGCACCAAAAAUGUCACAGACAUUAAGGACCCAAAAGAAGCGGGCAAAGUCAUGAUAAGGGAGUUGGUGCACAGCUUUCUGGUAGAUCUCUGCUGCUCUUUGAAGCACGGCAUUAAUUUCUAUGACCCAAGUCUUGGCACAGCUGGAAGAGCGGGGAAUCUAGUUUUGCUGCGUUUCCUAGUUGGCCUGAAAAGUGCGACUGAAGAUGAGAUUAUAUCAGACCUGGUUGUGAGCAUCCUUAAGGUUUGCCCUGACUUACUGACCAGGUACUUCAAGGAAACCCAGUACUCAUUUGUACCACGACUCAAGUCAGCUUGGCUGGAUAAUAUUAAGCUACUCAAGAAGAUUUAUGAUGCUCUCCCGGAGAUCUCUCCUGCCUUCAGAACGCAGGAGUUUGUUCCUAUCCCUCGACUGCUCACUAUGGUGAUGGUGACGACCAUAGCGCCUGUGUGUAAUAAGCCUUUGUUUACACAGGGACUUAAUUUGCCAAAUAAAAUAGUGAAACACACCAUUCUGUCACUUGUGGCCUCUAUUCUGAGAAGAGCAGAGAGGAACAUUGAUCACUGCUUAAGGGAAGAUGUCUGGCAAAAAUCUGAAAUCUACACUCCAGCCAUGAUGGCUGAAUUCUCCCAGAAGUACAGAGAAGCUCUCAGUAAGCUUUUGCCAGAUAUGAAUAUUAUUGUGGCAACUUGGCAGUCCCUUUUAAAGCAAGAAAGUGCUGUAGCAGACAGUGAAAAUGGAGAAAAAGUAUCUACUGCAGAGGAAAAAGAGACCGAGCUGGCCUUCCAGGAGGUGCUUGAGAAAAAGGAUGAACUACAUGUUUCUGAUGAUGUCCAGACCACCCUAUUGAAGGCCACUCUACUUCAGGUCCUGUGUCUGUAUCAGAGAGUGGUCCCGCACCUGGUAGCCCAGAGUACUUUUGAUUUCGGCAAACUAUUAAAAGGUAUAGUGAGCGAAAAGGGUAUUCGAGAGGAGGUCCCCCCUGUUCUCCAGUAUCAGAUUCUUCAAGUAGCCCUUGAGCUUCCUGCUAACAAGUUUGCCUGGUUCAAAGUCCAGGAAGUUUCUGAAGGUGGAGAAAAGUCCAUAUUUUAUCUGCUGCUGAAAAUGUUUGCAACUUGUAACAAAGCUCAGCUCAAAUCUUCAACCAGAUUAUUGAUCAUUAAGGUUUUGCGUGACAGUGGAGUAUUCGAAUAUACCUGGAAGGAACUGGAUCUCUGGUUGAGAAAUCUGGAUAAAAUAGCUGAUAACUCAAAGAACACAGUGAUCCAGUUUUUAGAACGAACCCUACUCCGGCUGGUGUCUAACCCUUACCCGUACACUGAUAAAGCUGCUGAGAUUGUCCAAGAGGCCAGUUUGCUGCAACUCAGCUCGGGCAAGCAGGACUCGGAGACCGUAAGCAUCCCUGUCUCACACAUUGAUGAUGUCCUGGAUAUGGUGGAUGUCAUUGUGGAGGGCAGCGAGGGGCUGGAUGAUGAAGUUGGAAUGGCCCUGGAUGAGGACCUGAUUCUUCAGACGUUCCCAUUUAGUGCUGUGGUCCCUGUAGCUUUGGAAUUCCGAAAUUCACUGCUAACUCAAACAGAAGAUGAAGAUGACAACGUGGUGCAGUACCUUGUAUCAGUUCUCACAGACGUACUACACUCCCAGAGAGACCCACUUGCCCUCUGUCUCAUGCUCCAGUGCUAUGAUAAAGAAAUAAAGGUGGUGAACAGAAACUCUGUGCAGUAUAUACAACUUGGACAAUUUAAUGAUUACUACAGCUUGUGGAUACCGGCCUCAGCCAAAGAAACUCUGUUUACGGAGUGUGAUGAUUCCAUGAUAGAGAAAUGCCAGCAAGAUGAGUCAUAUUCUUCAUUGUUGAAGAAAACCUAUGCAAGUAGGGACAUAUGUAAGAGUGACACAGAGGACGUUUUGAACAAUGCUGUAUUAAAACUAACUCUUGAUGAGCUCCCUCUGGCUGUGAAACACUCACUGCUUUGCCUGAAAUCCACAGUUGACAACUUCAGCAAGUUUAAAAAAGGUACAGGUGCAAGUCUCAUCGGCCUCUACUUAAACCUUUUGCACAGUCUCUUGUGCAGAUUUGAUUUAGCAAAAGCUGAACCCCAUGAAAAGACAGCAGAAUCUCAGGAGGAAUCGGAGCUCUUUAUUGAUGCUAAUUAUAUAAGCAGUAUAGACACACCUGACAAUAAGAUACUAGAAGAUUUGCUUGCUGUGAUUUUCAAGCAUCCAACUUUGGAGUGCUGGUUCUUGGCUCUGGGUCGCCAGUCGCUGCCGCCUCAUACUUUAAACCCAAUCGGUGUAAAAGUUCUCUCAUCUCACGUGAACAAGGGCCUUAUUCAGCUGUUGAGUUUCAGCGCUCCUCUUCUCCAACAAAACUCAAACCUUCAUUUGAUAUCAAAGUAUUUUAGCGCUAUAGCAGAAAGCAUUUUGAAAGAACUUGAGGACAAAAAGGCAUUGAACAAAAUGUCACAGCCGGUUGAAGCACUACAGAGCUUACAUCCAUACUUGGACACAGCACAGCUUAAUGAAAUUACUUUGGCCAUUUUAAGAUUACCUGAAGACCAUCUUUUUGUAAUGAAAUCUCCAAAUCAUUCUUCUAUGGAUAAACAAUUAAGCUGUUAUGGAAAAGUUUUGGUGCAACUUCUAACUGAAAGCCACCAAAGGAAACACCAGCUGCAGGCGGAUCUGGUCUCAUCAGUUGAGCAUGUGAAGGGAGUGGGGAGUCUCUUAUCACCGUCAUCAGGAGGAGAGAUGGAAGCGGUGCUGUACGAAGCUCUGCAGAAGGACCCAGUGUUUUCUCUUGUUAUAGGAGUUCAUACUCUCAAGUACUGUCUUGAACAGAUGACUGAAACCUGCCUCUCCAUUGCAGCUCUGCUUAUUGAGCACAGCAGGACUCAUUUGCUGCAAUUUGAACUGUGGUGUACAAAUAGUGGGAUACAAAAAUCUCUGAGGAAAAAUAUGGAGGCCUUCCUGCCGUUAAUUAAAGUCUAUUUAAUGUGCAGAAGUCGUUUUCAAUUUACACGUCCUUCCCAAGUGUCUUCUGCCGCCCUUCGUGUCCUGAAAGAGGCCAUAUGGUGCAAACUGGUGAAUGUAGCACUAAGUUCAGAAAAGUCAUCUGAGCAUGUACUGGUUCUGUCCAGCAUUAUAAGAGAGUCCAAUGUUAGUGAUGAAGAGUUACAGAGUCUGUUUGACCAGCUUCCUGUGGCCCUGGCACAAUCUUGGAACCCAGACAAAUGGGCUCUGGCUGACGCUGUAUCACAAUCUGCAGACCGUUCUGGGAAAGAUAUGUCUUCUUGGAAGCAAGCUCUUCUGGCAUCGUGUAUGAAGUGUCUGAUUGCUACGUACAGCGCCAACAAAGAAAGUGAGGCAUCCACACAGGAAGCGGAGAAAGCUUUGCUUCUACAUCUUAAGGAACUUAUGCCAUUUGUAAAGAAAAAUAUACCCACUGAAUGGAAGACCCUAGUGAAAACUGGACUCAAGUAUCGGUACAAGGAUUGUGAGUUUUUGGCAGCUCUACGUGAGGGCAUUGAGCUGUGGUAUGGGUCGGAGAGUUUAUCAGUGAAAGGUUUAGUGGAGCUGCCGGUCAUUCACAUGAUGAUAACCCAGCAUUCUCUGUUUCUGCCAACCCUGCUGAGAUCCAGAGAGGAGCAGAAUGAAAACAACACCAGUCGAGAAAUGUUAGUGGAUUUGCUGAGAUCAGUAGUUAUGAAAUGCCCUUCUGUCUGUGAUGGCAAUCACUUUGCUGUUUUAUUGGGAGCGUAUGGAGCAAGUCUUAGCCGUACAGACCAAAAAAUACUGCUGCUUCUGCAAGCCUAUGAAAAGAAUAACAUAAGUCUUACUGAUUUCAGGCUGCUGCUGUGGGGCCCGGCUGCAGUUGAGCAUCACAAGACACGGAAGAGCCUGGGGAAGUCUCUGUGGCAACAGCCCAGCAUGGAGGAGAUACUCACUUUACUGGAUCGAGAGAGAAUGAUGAAAACUAUUCUCCAUUUCCCACAACAUCGCAAGCUUGUGAUCCAAAUAUAA